AUGAGUGAAAUACGGCGCUUUUCUGACGGGAAUUUUUCGCCGACCUCUCCUGGAGAUGAGCGCGAGUUUGAAGUGAUUAUACAUCGGCGGGGGGAGAGCCGCAUCCUGGGGUUGACGGGUUCGACGCCGAUCGUACUGAGCCUUACACACGAAUCGUCCCUUUGCGAGAAACAAGAUACUAGUGUUGAAUUUUUCUUCAAGCCUUUGACCUUGACAGCUCUAGCAUCUGCAAUGAGCAUAAUGGCAUAUAUUGCAAUGUCAAAUGAUGUUCUCGAAGAAGGUCCACUUUUGAUUACUUCUCAACCUAUUACUAACCUCUUGAAAACUUCAGGUGGGGACAAGAAACGACUGGGCGUAUACGCAUCAAUUUGUGCAUUCCUGCUGUUCUCCAUGGUUCAGUUCCGGGACGGGCCGUUUAUAAGACCACACCCUGCGUUUUGGAGGAUUGUGCUCGGUAUAAACUUGCUAUACGAGCUUGCGUUGGUCUUUCUCCUGUUCCAAGAUCUCGACUCUGCGAGAACCAUGAUGACAUACAUUGACCCUAACCUAGGAGUCCCACUGCCUGAAAAAAGUUAUGCAGAAGACUGUGCUCUAACUGCCAGUAACCUUUGGAAUGCAAUCGACAUAUUCUGCCUCGCCACGCACUGGGAUGGUUCGGAAAAGCACUCAUUCUGCGUGAUUAUUGGUUCUGCUGGCAUUGCGUUUGAAUUUGCCGAAUACUCUUUGCAACACCAGUUACCAAAUUUUGCAGAGGCAAUGCUGGUGGGACCACUGGGUAUUGGAUGUCCUCUUUGUAACUGGCUGGGGAUCUACGCGGGAAUGCGAACAUGCGCUUAUUUUGAAGUCAAACACUUCACCUGGCGCUCGAUUCAUUCGACAAAAGGUGUCCGGCGAAAAACCAAACGCGUCCUCAAACAGUUCACACCCCAUGACUGGACCGAAUUUCAUUGGGAAGGAACAUCUUCUUUUGCAUCUUAUUGUGCUGUAUUCAUGUUGCUCGCAACGUUUUUGGCCGCCGAAUUGAAUCCAUUUUAUCUCAAGAGCUUGCUGUGGAUGGAGCCUAGCCAUCCAAUUAUAAUUUCUCGACUGGCGGGCGUUUUCUUAUGUGCACUUCCAGCCGUACGAGAGUUGUAUCAGUACUUGAAUCAUCCGGAGAGAGCCGUCCGAAUGGGACAACACGCUUGGCUUUUGCUGGCUACUGUUCUCACCGAACUCCUUAUCAUCUUCAAAUGGAGCCGAGGAAUGUUUGCUGAGCCUUUCCCAACCCACAUCAAGCUAGCUUGGUCUGUUGGAAGUGCACUAUUAAUCGCAUACCCUUCGUUCAAGGUAUUUAAGAACCAUUUGCUAUUGAAGGGUGAUUGUUAA